GUCACGUGACGGCCUCUCUAACCUCACUCAGCUCCUGUCAGCCGGCUGCUGUCGAGAAAUCGUCAAAAAUAAACACACCUCCGGAUUCCGUGCUUUUUAAUUGGGCACUGGAGUAUCAUCAUAACCAUGUACCAGGUAAAGCCCGUCAGUCCCGGUGAUAUAAAGAUUAAUUUGCCAACGUGCAUGUACAAGUUACCGAAUAUCCACGCGCAAGGAAUGAGCUGCAGCGAGCACGCGCUCCAGAAUGGAGAAAUGGAUCCGGCCCUGAAAGCUCUUGAAGCUCGUCAGGACGACAUCUUAAAAAGACUGUAUGAUUUAAAGGCAACUGUUGACGGGCUCUCAAAAACAGUGACCACUCCUGAUGCAGACCUGGACGCCACAACACUCUCACACGGACCAUCUGCACCUGUGUUUAAAGACACAGCAGAUCUGGACUCCCUGUUGGGCAAGGACUUGGGCGCCCUGAGGGACAUUGUGAUAAACGCCAACCCUGCCAGUCCUCCUCUGUCUCUGAUGGUUCUUCAUGGACUGCUGUGCAAGCGGUACAAGGUGCUGUCCAACGUACACGUCCACUCCUCCGUGACCACUGUGCCGCCUCGACUGCUGACCUGCCUGGGCCAGCAGCACAUGGACAGCUACGCACGCAAUCACUUCCAGCUAGGCUUCACUCUCAUAUGGAAAGAUGUGUCAAAGCUGCAGAUGAAGUUCGACACACAGAACAUGUGUCCAAUCGAGGGGGAGGCCAAUGUCGCUCGCUUCCUCUUCCGUCUUUUGGGCUCUGAACCACAAGACCCCAUCAGCGCCACUCGGAUGGACUGCUGGAUCGAUAUGGCAGUCUUCCAGCUGGCUGAGGGGGGCAAUAAGGAGCGAGCAGCCGUGCUGAGGUCACUAAACGGGGCUCUGGGUCAUUUGCCAUGGCUUCUGGGUCAGAACUUCUCACUUGCCGACAUUGUGUGUGCCUGUUGCGUCCUGCGAGCCGGCCAGAGCACAUCUGCGCCUGCCAACGUACAGCGCUGGCUCAAGUCCUGCCAGAACCUGGGCCACUUCGACUGUGUGUAUGCAUUACUGCAGUGACCAGAGCUGUGAGAUCAGUGCAGGUUGUGCUCCAGUAAAUGAUGUCAUGAAAAGGGAAGAACGUUGAUGUGACAUCAUUAUCCAAAUGUUAAUGGACACUUUUGAUUCAGUUCUGAAGAACAAACACUGUUACUUCCCAAAUGAUGAUAUUUAGGUGUUCUAGUUAGUAUGAUGAUGUCAUUUUGAUGAUUUACAGGAAGAGUUCACUCAAAAAUGAAAAUUAUGUCAUUAUUUAUUUACCCUCAUGUUGUUUUAAACUAUCCGUGUAACACAAAAGAAUACAUUUUGUGUUUGUUCUUUUUCAUGCCAUUACAGUAAAUGGGGACUCAAUCUUUCAAACUUAAAAACAAAACCAAAGCAUCAUUAAGGUCGUUCAUUUAACCUGUGCGCUAUAUUAAGUCUUUUGAAGCUGUAUGAUAGCUUUUUGUGAUACACAUACCAAAAUGUAAGUCUAAUGAGUCAGCGAGUUGAACUUGAGAACUGAAUUAGUCGUGAACGAAUAAUUUUGGACCGGUUUUGUGAACCAGAUCAAUUGAUUCAUUGAAAAGAUCCAACUUAAAAGUACCAUGAACCGGACAAUGCUACUUCUCUGAACUCUAAUAAACACGGCAAGAAAAGCCAGAAUAAUUAAUUAUAUUUCCUCACACAAAGCUGUUAUAUGGCUUCAGAAGACUUGGAAUAUAGUGCAAGAUACAUUUGAACCACUUUGCACAUUUUGAAGCUCCAAAAACUUAGUCCCCAUCAUUGUAUCAUUGUAUGGAAAACCACAUUUCUCCUUUAAUGUUCCACAAAAAUAAAAAGUCAAAUGGGUUUGGAACAACAUGAGGGAGAGAAAAUAAUGACAGAAUUUUCCGUUUUUGGUGAACCGUUCCUUAAACUGGAGUUGAUCUGAAACUGGUCCCAGGCUAGGGUCAAGCUGCAAACACUCAGAAAUAGAUAGAGGGCAUUUGGGAUACAUUUUAGGGUAAUGAUGAUACUGUAAAUGCAACUCCCACCCACCUUGUGCCUACUACAAUGUUUUACUAGAAGAUGUGUGUUGCUAUCACAUAAUAUAUUGGUUGUAACAUGAGAUGUUUGAAAUGUGACGGAUGAGAGGUGAUACUUUGUAGUGUCUUUUUAUUAAAACCUAUUAAAAGUUUUCACAUCUGAUCAAACA